UAAAAACCCUAGGCGUGUCGGGAGAUUGCACUACAUUUUAACACUCUAUCGAGAUACAAUUGUCCGACGAAGGAUAAUUCAACAAGGAGUAACCCUCAGGCCUCAGCCAACCCUAUGGAUGUGGAGCUCAGCUUGGAAGACAAAUGAUACUUGUGAGUUGUUGUUGACCUGCUUCUGCUUUUCCAAUGGCGGCCUCUGUAUCAUCACCACCACCACUACCCUUAACUGUGUCUUCUAGAAGGACCCAUCUCGCAAUCUGGCUACAUUCCCGCAGUGCCCACAACCAACAUCGUCUUUUCAAGCCAAACCCGUCCUUGGCCUUGAGAAAUUCACGCCACUCGAGGCCUCCUCUUACCAUUUCUCCUCCCCAUUCCACUCCUGCGCAAGCCUCUCCAGACGAGUUUCUUGAUAAAGUUGGGCACUUUGAGGGUCCGCCUGUGAAAUUUUUGUUCUGGGUCUUGUUUUGGGCGUCUCUGUCCGUUGCGUGGUUUGCAGCAUCUGGGGAUGCUAAUGCUGCUGCUGAUUCCAUCAGAGCUUCCAGCUUCGGUCUCAAGGUUGCGAGCGCCUUGCGGAGCUUGGGCUGGCCUGAUGAGGCUGUAGUCGUUGCCCUAGCUACGCUUCCUGUGAUUGAGCUUCGUGGGGCUAUUCCUGUUGGUUACUGGAUGCAACUCAAGCCUGCAACCCUAACUAUCCUAUCUGUGUUAGGUAACAUGAUUCCUGUGCCCUUCAUUAUACUCUAUUUGAAGAGAUUUGCCACUUUUCUUGCUGGAAAGAACAAGUCAGCGUCUCGGUUUCUCGACAUGCUAUUUGAGAAGGCCAAAGAGAAGGCUGGCCCUGUGGAAGAGUUUCAAUGGCUGGGCCUGAUGCUCUUUGUGGCUGUGCCUUUUCCUGGAACUGGAGCAUGGACAGGGGCCAUCAUUGCUUCUAUUCUUGAUAUGCCAUUUUGGCCUGCUGUGUCAGCAAAUUUCUUUGGCGUUGUGCUGGCUGGACUUCUUGUAAACUUGCUGGUGAACCUUGGUCUCAAGUAUGCCAUUGUAACUGGUGUUAUUCUAUUCUUUAUUUCCACAUUUAUGUGGAGUGUCCUCCGAAGUCUCACAAAGGCUUUAGGUUCUUCAAACUAAUAUGCAAUCUCACAUGAACAAUGCAGUUAUUUUUAUGGAAGUGUAUCAAUGCCCUUUAAAUUCAUGGUAAGUGUGGCUAUUGAUUGAA